AAAAAAUAACUCCAAUUCACAUCAGUUAUCUAGAUCGCAAACAAAACCCUUUUAUUCCCUCUCAACAAAUACAGCACCUAUAGAACAUCCAUUUACUCUUGAUAAAAACCUUUCCAGAUAACGCCGAACAGUGUCGCUUAGCACUUAAGUAACAACAAUUAUAAUAUUUUUAUCAACCGACUCUAAGUAUGCCGACAGCCCUCCUAUAUUUACUGUACAAUAAAGAGUUAUUGUAUUUGUGUAAGAUUUCUCCAACUUCUUUAUAUUAUUCAGUAAUAUCUUGAGUGAAGCCAGUUUAUUAACUGUGAUUGUGCAAAAUGGAUGGUGACAGGGUAACUGUUAGAGGAUUUUUGGUCCAAGGCACGGCGACUUUGGCAAUUUCGUACCUCACCACAUUAACCGGUCUGGUCUUCUCCUGGCCUUCCUACAAUGUGGCCAACUUCAUGUCCAAUGACACUGUGCUCUCAGCUCCUAUGUCUUCUGUGGAUGUGUCACUGCUGGGCAGUCUGACCAAUGUUGGAGCCAUGAUCGCCACACCAUUCUCUGGAUACAUUGUGAACAAGCUUGGGAGGAAAUACAGUGCUAUGCUGUUUGGAUUGCCUUUUGUGCUUUCGUGGACGAUCAUCUCGUUAUCAACAUCGAUACCAAUGCUGCUUCUAGCCAUGGCUUUAGCUGGUUUAGGAACAGCGGGACAAACAAUAUCUUCAAUCUACAUAUCAGAAAUAUCACAAGACUCCAUCCGAGGAGCUUUAAUGUCUACUGUAGUUUCUUCAUACUUCAUGGGAGUAUUGAUAUCGUAUAUUUUUGGUGGAUACCUGGACUAUAGUUUGAUAGUGUACUUGCAUUUAUCGAUGUCAGUUCUGUAUAUUAUAAUGGUGGCUGUUUUAAAGGAGUCUCCUGUGUAUCUGAUGCAAAUUGGGAAAGAGAAGGAAGCCAAAGAGUCAAUAGCAUUCUACCGACAAGUCAAACCUACAUCAAAAGAAGUUGAAGUAGAACUAUCCAAGAUCAAACUUCUGUUAGACCCAAGAUUGGAGAAGAUUCUGGAAGGAGAAGCAGAUCCAACGAUUACCAAAGAGCUGAUCAGCCCUUCACCACCAGUGCAGCAGUUGUCAGAAUGGCAGUUCUUGAAACAAUCUCAAACGUCGAUACAAGCUUUAAUAACAAGCUUAGCGUGUAUGGCAACAAUGAUACUGAUGGGGAACAUUGCGCUGCAAGUAUAUGCAGAGACGUUGUUCAGAGAAGCAGUGCCGUCGAUGGAUUCCAACCAAUGCUCUAUCUUCUUAGCCAUAGAUUUGCUUUUGGCAAGCGUUUUGUGCAGCUUUGCUAUUGAUAAAUAUGGGAGAAAGCCCUUGAUGAUUAGUACAUCAGUUCUCGCCAGUGUCUGCACGACGCUCCUUGGCACUCAAAUCCAAUGGCACUGGGCUCCUCAUUGGUUCACUGCUCUCAUCAUCUACGUGUACAGCUUCAUCUUCAACUUUGGAGUUGCUGUUAUUCCAUUUGUUUUAAGUGCUGAGCUGUUUUUGCCUGAAGUUCGAGGACUGUGUGGUAGUAUUGUGAUGACCUGUGGCUGGGCCAUGAACUUCGUCACCGUGCUUAUCUUCACCCCAGUAGUCGAGGAGGUUGGGUUCGCUCCUCUAUUCUACGCCUUCUCCGUUGUAGGUUUUGUUGGAGCUGGUUACUGUGUGUUUUAUUUACCUGAAACCAAAGGACUGUCGAUAGAUGCCAUCCAGGCCCUAUUUGUUAAGAAGACUAAGAGGAAAAUAGAUGCUUAAAGACUUUAUAGUCGAUUUUUGACUGUUUAUACUUUUAGUAGUACUAAUAGUACUUAGUCCAAGGUUAGUCCUGUAUGCUAUAAUAAGUGUUCCAGCUAUUGCUUGUAAAAAGCGUUGUUUAAAUUUUAUGUGAAUCUAUUUGUAUUUGAAACCGAAU